GUAUCAGUGACAACGUUACAGUGAUAAUCGUUCGUUUCAACGAUCGAUCCUCUCGAUCAAAUGUUUCUUUUUCUUUUCUAGAGCGUAGAUAAGCUCUGUUAUAAAUCUAUCGUUUCUGAAAAUGAAAAAUGAAGAUUGCGGAAGGAAACACGGUACAGCGAUUUGGUGUGAGCGUUGAUGAAUAGAUCAGUCACUUUUGUAUUAUAUAUAUGUGUACGUCUAUACAGACAUACAUAUACGAAUAUGAUGUAUGUAUAUUGAGUAACGUCCUUACCUUCCUAACUGUUCGUUUCAAAGAGAAACACAAACAAGCUUUGAACUUGUGAAUUAUCUACCAUUUUUAUUCGACCUACCAACCUUACAAUGUCGACGAUCUUGAACUUAACGCUUUACCGACCGUUAGCGGUUCAACAGUAUACGCACGUCCGACCGGCAGCUCAGGCGCAGAUUUUCCCUGGCACUGGCUCUGUUUCGGUUUAGACUCUCCAAAUACCAUUCUUUUCGUUGAUCGCGAACGUGUCCCGCGCUUUCAUCAACACGCGGGAAGAGCAAGACGCACGAAAGAACGCAGAAUCCGUUUGCUGGCUACGGAGAAAGAAUGGCAUUGUCCGAGGGGAGGAUCGUCCGAAAGGAUGAGAAACUAUGUCGGUCGGUUGGCAUCGAUUUGGCAGAAGUAACGGGAGCCACAGUGCCUGCCAGAGGAGGAGAUUCUACAUAUAGAGGUGUCGUACUACCAAGCUUCGGCCGAGUGACCGCGAGAAACACCACGUGCUCCUCUCUUCUCUUCCUUCUGCUCGCAACAUAACACGAGGUGGGGCAUAGCUGAUCGAUCUUCGUCUCAGCGCAGAUUGACGUGGACCAGUUCGUGAGACAUGGAGCAAACUGGCAUCUCGAUAAUACAGACCAGUGCGAUCACCGCCAGUACAGCGGGAAAAUCGAAAAGCGUUGGCAUCCCGUUCAAUCCGAGCUCCAGCAUACAGACUGCCACGAAGAAGUUCAAAAUACCAUGGCUGAGCAAUUUGAUGAGAGAGGAUGCAUCCGGCUGGAAGACGCUGUGCAUUGCCGUUAGCGAGGCGAUCGGCACCGCCAUUCUGGUCUUCGUUGGAUGUACAGGGUGUAUCGGAAGCUUGGGUGUUCAUCCGAACGUGAUGCAGAUCUCUCUGGCCUUUGGACUAGGUGCCAUGAUAGCUAUACAGUGUAUUGGACACAUCAGUGGAGCGCACAUAAAUCCCUCCAUAACAGUGGCAGCUCUGAUCCUAGGGAGAGUCUCUCUGCCCAUGACCUUCCUCUACAUUUGUUCCCAGUGUGUCGGUGGACUGAUAGGCUUCGGUCUGAUUAGGGUGAUAACACCGGUGCAGCUAAUGUACACCGCGCAGGGGGCAGGAGACUCCUUCUGCAUGACGGACAUUCACACAGAUCUGACCACUCUUCAGGGUGCCAUGGCGGAGGUCUUGGCCACUGGGCUUCUCGUCUUCUUCGCUUGCGGUCUAUGGGACUGUCGAAACGCCGCCAACACAGACUCGGCACCAAUGAGGCUUGGCUUCUGCAUCACCGUUCUGUGUCUCAUUUUCAUCCCAUACACUGGCUGCAGUUUGAAUCCAGCAAGGACACUAGGUCCAGCCAUCUGGAAUGGCUACUGGACUAAUCAUUGGGUCUUCUGGAUUGGUCCAAUCGGUGGCGCUAUCGUGUCGUCGCUGCUGUAUCGAUGUCUGUUUCUUUGCAAGACUACCGAGUCUGAAUAGCGGACAACGUCGGAACAGUGCUGCAGGAUGAUGAAUGGCGAUGCGAGCAGAAUCGUAUUCAGAUGGUCCGUAGUUCACAAUUCGAGCGAGAAAUCCUAAUCGUGUCGCGGAAGCCGAAAGUGGGGGACGAUCGCAGGGCCGAGUAAAGGAUCGAGGAUCGAGAAGAGGCGGAAACUUCGCGGAACGUCAGGCGAGAAGGACUUCUCGAUUGCGAAGGCCGAUUUUCCCAAACGAUUCGUCUUUUUCUUAGAUCGAUAUCAUCUCCUCUUACGUAUAUUUUUCUACGAAGUACGUAAUUUUCGAACCGUGGCGCAAAGUUUCGCGUAAUUUCGAUGGAAAGUUUCCGAGAGGGAGAGAAGAGAGGGAGGCGUCGUAGAAUAAAAAUUGUUCGUAGAAUUCUUUGUCUGUGAAUAAAACGCGGGAAAGGAUUGCAGAUUGUUUUCAAUGGCUCGUUUAUCGAAUGGAUAGGUCACGGAAGUAUCGAAUUCUUCGAUCUAUUGCGUUUUUAAAAUUACCAAAUUCAGAAUUUGCCAAAAGCGAUCGAGAUGUGUGCACGCAGAGGCAGAAAUAAAUUUGAUACGUUUUAAGAAA